GCAGGCUCUUCUGGCCUCGGCCAUGUGAACUGUUGAGGUUGGAGCCUCUCGCCAGUUGGGGCUUUGCCUCUGUGUUCUCGGGCCGCACCUCCCGGAGGUCAGCCUCGCGUGUGGAUGACAAGGACUGUACCAUGGCUGACGGUGAGGGGUACAGGAACCCCACAGAAGUGCAGAUGAGCCAGCUGGUGCUGCCCUGCCAUACCAACCAGCGUGGCGAACUGAGCAUCGGGCAGCUGCUCAAGUGGAUCGACACCACGGCCUGUCUGUCUGCCGAGAGGCACGCUGGGUGCCCCUGUGUCACGGCCUCCAUGGACGACAUCUAUUUUGAGCACACCAUCAGCGUUGGACAAGUGGUGAACAUCAAGGCCAAGGUGAACCGGGCCUUCAACUCCAGUAUGGAGGUGGGCAUCCAGGUUACCUCUGAGGACCUGUGCUCUGAGGACAAAUGGAUUGUGUGCAAGGCCUUGGCCACCUUUGUGGCCCAGAGGGAGCUUUCCAAGGUGAAGCUGAAGCAGACCACGCCGAGGACGGAGGAGGAGAAGACGGAGCACAGCGUGGCCGCCGAGCGCCGGCGCAUGCGACUGCUCUAUGCUGACACCAUCAAGGACCUCCUGGCCAACUGUGCAAUCCAGGAUGCCCCAUCCUGUGCAGACCUGGACAGCAGAGACUGCUGCCACGUGGUGCCUGCCGAGAGCACCCACGUGGAGAGUGUGGAGCUGGUCCUGCCCCCCCAUGCCAAUCACCAGGGCAAUACCUUUGGGGGCCAGAUCAUGGCCUGGAUGGAGAACGUGGCCACCAUUGCAGCCAGUCGACUGUGCCGCGCUCUCCCGACGCUGAAGGCCAUUGAGAUGUUCCACUUCCGGGGCCCAUCCCAGGUUGGGGACCGCCUGGUGCUCAAGGCCAUUGUGAAUAACGCCUUCAAACACAGCAUGGAGGUGGGCGUGUGCGUGGAGGCUUACCGCCAGGAGGCCGAGACCCACCGGCGGCACAUCAACAGCGCCUUCAUGACCUUCGUGGUCCUGGAUGCGGAUAACCAGCCUCGGAAGCUGCCCUGGAUUCGGCCCCAGCCUGGAGAUGGUGAGCGGCGGUACCGGGAGGCCAGUGCCAGGAGGAAGAUCCGACUGGACAGGAGGUACAUUGUGUCCUGUAAGCAGACGGAGAUGCCCCUGUCAGUCCCCUGGGACCCUAGCAAUCAGGUGUACCUGAGCUACAACAACGUCUCCUCCCUGAAGAUGCUUGUGGCCAAGGACAACUGGGUGCUGUCGUCAGAGACCAACCAGGUCCGUCUGUACACUCUAGAAGAAGACAAAUUCCUCUCCUUCCACAUGGAGAUGCUGGUGCAGGUGGACACGGCCCAGGCCUUCUUGCUGCUCUCGGACCUGCGACGGAGGCCAGAGUGGGACAAGCAUUGCCGGAGCGUGGAGCUGGUGCAGCAGGUGGAUGAGGACGACGCCAUCUACCACGUCAUCAGCCCUGCCCUCAGCACUGAUGCCAAGCCCCAGGACUUUGUCAUCCUUGCGUCUCGCCGGAAGCCUUGGGACAAUGGGGACCCCUAUGUCAUCGCGCUGAGGUCAGUCACGCUCCCCACACACCGUGAGACGCAGGACUACAGGCGCGGGGAGACCCUCUGCUCUGGCUUCUGCUUCUGGCGCGAGGGUGACCAGUUGACCAAGGUGUCCUACUACAACCAGGCCACCCCAGGCUUACUCAACUACGUGACCACCAACGUGGCCGGCCUCUCUUCUGAGUUCCUCACCACCUUCAAGGCUUGCGCGCAGUUCCUCUUGGACAACCGGAACGAUCUGGCCCCCAGCCUCCAGACCCUCUAGCAUCCUCAGUGGCCACCUCCG